GUUCAUCAGUGCCUAGCUAGCUAACCUUAGGAACAUGCGUUGCAAACGGAAAAUCAGACGCAUGGCAAGGAAUGCUAACAUUUGAAAAACAAACGUAAUUUGGUGCCAUUCAUAAUUUCAUUCGUUUACCCGUAUUUUUACAAAUGUGUUUUAAUGAAUCAAUAAACUAGCUCGCUUGCUGACGUCGGUCAGCGCUGGCUAUGUAAUCCGAUUUCACACUGACUGAGAGGAGGUAGCUAGUCUGGGUGUUCGCAGUCAGCUAGCUAACCUGUUUCGUAACAUUGGACAAAGUGAGGGCUGACCCUGCAGUAGGCUACCACUUCGGAAUUUGACAAUAUUCUAUUGUCUAUGCGGCUAGCUUGUUAGCCACAACAACAUAUUGUCAAAUUGCACGUAACGUAAAUCGACUAAACGAACUAGUAUGGAUUUCUUAACCUCACACCUGAAGCGUGGUUUGUGACGAUGGUAUCGUUCGUGUUCGUGCUUCUAACACGGACGUCUGGUAGAAUCGCAUACUCAUCUUCACAUCAUCUAGUACGGAGUUGUUUUAUCGUAUCGAUGACUCGAGGUGCAAUUGACUAAUGGAACUAAAGACUCGUGUCCUUUAAUUACGAGUUCCGUGGACAUUUUGGUGGGGAAAACUAUACGCUGUGGUUAACGUUAGGCCCGCUGUCCAACAGAGAUGGUCUACAGGACUGCACAUCUCUAUGAUGAUUGCAUACCCAGUGUCGUUUCCACGACAGCGAGUUUUCCCUUUGCCUCACGAUGACUCCCAGGACGACUGAGAACCCCUCCCAGUCCUAGGUCCCUCGCUUCCUGAUUGGACGGCCGCCCGAUAUUAUUCCCAGGCUGCAAUGACAUAGAGGAGGGCCUCUUUCAAAAUGGAGAGAAAGAAGCCAUGCCCCCGCCUACUGGACUACCUGGUGGUAGUCGGAGCCAGGCAGCCCAGCAGUGACAGUGUGGCCCAGACCCCCCAGCUGCUCCGCCGCUAUCCCCUGGAGGACCACCACGACUUCCCGCUGCCACCGGACGUGGUGUUCUUCUGCCAGCCCGAGGGGUGCCUGAGCGUCCGGCAGAAGCGCAUGAGCCUCCGCGACGACACAUCCUUCGUCUUCACGCUCACCGACAAGGACUCGGGCGUGACGCGCUAUGGCAUCUGUGUCAACUUCUACCGCUCCUUCCAGAGGCGCCUGGGCAAGGCCGAGCGCGGGGAGGGCCACCGCAGCCGCGACAAGGAGAGGCCCCCAAAGGCCGCCCCGGCCCCCCAGGGCCCGGAGCACGGCGCCGGGGGCGACGCAGCGGGAGGGGCGGGGCCCGAGCCUGAGGAGGCCGGCAGCGAGAGCUCCGGGAGCGGCUCGUCCCUGGCGCCCCCCGGCGCCGACCCCGCCCCGGAUGGAGGCAGGUCGCCCCGGUCAAAGCGGAACGCCAAUCUGGCCCCCAGGAACCGCAACAGCACCCUGACCUCCCUCUGCGUCCUCAGCCACUACCCCUUCUUCUCCACCUUCCGGGAGUGCCUGUACAUCCUGAAGAGGCUGGUGGACUGCUGCAGCGAGAGGCUCACCCAGAAGGCCGGCAUCCCCAAGGGCGUUCAGAGGGACACGAUGUGGCGGGUGUUCACCGGGUCACUGCUGGUAGAGGAGAAGAGCAGCGCGCUCCUGCAGGACCUGCGGGAGAUCGAGUCGUGGGUGUACCGGCUGCUCCGCUCCCCGGUCCCGGCGGCCGGGCUCAAGCGGGUGGACGUGGAGGUGCUCCCGCGGGAGCUGCAGCCCGCCCUCACCUUCGCCCUGCCGGACUCCUCUCGCUUCUCCAUGGUGGACUUCCCCCUGCACCUGCCGCUGGAGCUCCUGGGCGUGGACGCCUGCCUGCAAGUGCUCAGCUGCAUCCUGCUGGAGCACAAGGUGGUGCUGCAGUCGCGGGACUACAACGCCCUGUCGAUGAGCGUGAUGGCCUUCGUGGCCAUGAUCUACCCCUUGGAGUACAUGUUCCCCGUCAUCCCCCUGCUACCCACCUGCAUGGCCUCCGCAGAGCAGCUUCUUUUGGCUCCCACUCCGUAUAUCAUCGGCGUGCCAGCCAGCUUCUUCCUGUAUAAAUCCGAUUUCAAGAUGCCUGACGACGUGUGGCUGGUGGAUCUCGACUGUAACAAGGUCAUUAAGCCCAGCAAUGCGGAACUCCUGCCCCCUCUCUCGGAGCCUGAAGCCACAGAAUUGAAGAAACAUCUGAAGCAGUGUCUGGUUAGGUUGACUGCGAUCACACAAAGGCAGAUCUUCGCCUCUGACCAAAAGGCCUUAGCGAGCAUGAGUCUCAACACCCAGCCCAUCCUCAACCUGGAGAAGUUCCACGAGGGCCAGGAGAUUCCCCUUCUGAGCGGCCGGGACAAUGCCUGCACCCCCUCCACGGAGUUCAACCCCCUCAUCUACGGGAAUGACGUGGACUCUGUGGACGUAGCCACGAGGGUUGCCAUGGUGAGGUUUUUUAAUUCCCCAAACGUGCUGCAGGGGUUCCAGAUGCACACGCGCACCCUGCGGCUCUUCCCCCGGCCUGUUGUAGCCUUCCAGGCCACCUCCUUCCUGGCCUCCCGGCCAAAGCAGUCCGGCUUCGCUGAGAAGCUCUCGCACACACAGGCGGUGGAGUACUUUGGGGAGUGGUCCCUGAACCCCACCAACUUGGCCUUCCAGAGGAUCCAUAACAAUGUGUAUGAUCCCUCCCUGAUUGGCGACAAGCCCAAGUGGUACGCCCACCAGCUUCAGCCCAUAUACUACCGCGUGUAUGACGCCAAUUCCCAGCUUGCGGAAGCCAUGAGUGUGCCACAGGAGAUGGAGAGGGAGGUGGACUCCGACCCCACUGAUGACAGUGGUAGUGACAGCGUGGACUAUGAUGACUCGAGCUCCUCUUACUCCUCACUCGGGGACUUUGUCAGCGAAAUGAUGAAGUGUGACAUCCAAGGCGACACACCAAACUUAGACCCCCCUACCCACGCUGCCCUGGGGGACGCCAGCGAGGUAGAGUUUCAGGACUUCCAGGAGUACCGGAUGGAGGCCUCCGACCAGCCCCUGGAAACAGAGGGCUCCCUGGAUGCACAGCAGCCCAAGUCCAGCUCCUCCACCACAGCCAGCUCCAGCCCCAGCACCAUCAUCCAGGGGGCCAAUCAUGAGCAGGGUGAGCCAGGGGACAUGGAGGUGUCUGCUGCCGCUGUUGUGCCCAAUCACGUGCCGGGCUUGGGGCCGCAGCCCUUCCCCAAGGUGGGGCCUGAGCAGCGGGAUGGUGAGAUGCCGCCCCCUGGGGACCCUGCAACAAAGCGCAGAGAGUACGACAACCCCUACUUUGAGCCGCAGUACGGCUUCCCCACCGAGGACGACGGCGACGCUGAGGGGGAGCAGGAGGAAAGCUACACCCCCCGCUUCAACCAGAAUCUCAACGGGAACAAUCGUUUUAAACCCUGGGUAGCAAUAGUGGCCCUCGUGAUGUUCCAGCGCGGGCGGAGGGCCUUGAAGCCUCCGCGCCCCAGCAGCCUGAAGCUGCCCGGCGACUCGGAUGGAGAGACGGACUCGCACGCCAGCUCACCCAACUCCACCGUCUCCAACAACAGCACCGACGGCUUCGGGGGACUCAUGUCCUUUGCCAGCAAUCUGUACAAGAACCAUGGCACCAGUUUCAGUCUCUCCAACCUGGCUUUGCCCAACAAGGCAGCCCGGGAUAAGACCACUCCCUUCCCCAGUCUGAAAGUAUUUGGGCUAAAUUCUCUAAUGGAGAUAAUAACUGAAGCCAGCCCAGCGAGCGGUGAAGGAAACCGCCCACCCAGGGCCCUGGUGGACCAGAAGUCUUCGGUCAUUAAGCACAGCCCCACGGUCAAGAAGGAGUCUCCUUCCCCACAAGGCCGGGCCAACAACACCAGUGAGAAUCAGCAGUUCCUGAAGGAAGUGGUGCAGAGCGUGUUGGAGGGACAGGGCGUUGGCUGGCUCAACAUGAAGAAAGUGCGCCGCCUGCUGGAGAACGAGCAGCUGCGCGUCUUUGUGUUGAGCAAACUCAAUAGGGCCAUACAGUCUGAGGAGGACGCCAGGCAGGAGGUCAUCCAUGACGUGGAAAUUAGCCGGAAGGUGUACAAGGGAAUGCUGGACCUGCUGAAGUGCACGGUUUCCAGCCUGGAGCACUCCUACACCAAUGCAGGCUUGGGCGGCAUGGCCAGUGUCUUCAGCCUGCUGGAGAUAGCACGCACACAUUACCAAACCAAAGACCCCGAGAAACGUAAGCGAAGCCCCACAGACGGCGGGGGCAGCGGCAGCCCAGGCAGUAAGGACAGCCUGACCCCGCGGGGGGAGAGCGCCCGGCCCCUGGGCCCUCUGCUGGUGCCUCGGCUCCAGCUCCAGCCCCCCACGUCCUCCACCGGCAAGGGGGCCCGCCAGUUUGACACCCGAAGUCUGAAUGAAGAGAAUUUUAUUGCCUCUAUUGAUUUGUGGAGCAAGCACCAGGAUAACAGAAAGCAAAAAGCUAUGGAAAAACAACAGAGGUUGGAGGGAGCCAAGCAGGCAGUUGACCUCGGGGACACUGAUGAGAAGAAGUCCCAGAUCAGUGCUGACAGUGGACUGAGCGUCACCUCUGGCUCUCAGAAGAGCGACUCAGAGUCUGUGGCCAGCUCGGAACCCCCAGCCCUCACCAGAAGCACCAGCCAAGAUUCGGAGGCCAGCACAGUGGUGAGUAACAGCUCGGGAGAGACGCUGGGGGCCGACAGCGACCUGAGCAGCAACGCAGGGGACGGGCCGGCUGGCAGGCUAGCCCCCCACCUCACCAUCUCCAGGGGAACCCUCUCCGACAGCGAGAUCGAGACCAACCCAGCCACCAGCUCUGUGUUUGGCAAGACUCACAAGCUGAAAGCAGGCGUAAAGCAGCCCCGUGGAAGCUUGGGCAGGGGGGCCCCAGUGAUGCCCCUGGAGGACGUCAGCAUGAGGAUCUACCUCUGCGAAGGCCUGCUGGGGCGGGACAAGAGCUCCGUGUGGGAUCAGCUGGAGGAUGCCGCCAUGGAGACCUUUUCUCUGAGUAAGGAGCGCUCCACUCUCUGGGACCAGGUCCAGUUUUGGGAGGAUGCCUACCUGGACGCUGUCAUGCUUGAGCGGGAGGGGAUGGGCAUGGACCAGGGGCCGCAGGAAAUGAUUGACAGAUACCUGUCACUUGGAGACCACGACCGGAAACGCCUGGAAGACGAUGAGGACAGACUGCUAGCGACUCUGCUACACAACAUGAUCGCUUACAUGCUGAUGAUGAAGGUGACUAAGAAUGACAUCAGGAAGAAAGUCAGGAGGCUGAUGGGGAAGUCUCACAUCGGCCUGACCUACAGCCAGGAGAUCAAUGAUGUUCUGGAGCGGCUGCCCACCCUGACUGGGCGGGAGCUCUCAAUCCGGCCCAGUGGGAGCCGUCACAUCAAGAAGCAGACUUUUGUGGUGCAUGCUGGAACGGACACCACAGGAGAUAUCUUCUUCAUGGAGGUGUGCGACGACUGCAUCGUCCUGCGAAGCAACAUCGGCACGGUGUACGAGCGCUGGUGGUACGAGAAGCUCAUCAACAUGACCUACUGCCCCAAGACCAAAGUCCUGUGCCUGUGGAGACGUAACGGCCAGGAGACACAACUCAACAAGUUCUACACCAAGAAGUGUCGGGAGCUGUACUACUGUGUGAAGGACAGCAUGGAGCGUGCAGCCGCCAGGCAGCAGAGCAUCAAACCAGGGCCAGAGCUGGGCGGGGAGUUCCCUGUGCAGGACAUGAAGACAGGAGAGGGAGGGCUGCUGCAGGUCACCCUGGAGGGCAUCAACCUCAAGUUCAUGCACAGCCAGGUUUUCAUAGAGCUGAAUCACAUUAAAAAGUGCAAUACUGUCAAAGGAGUCUUUGUCCUGGAGGAAUUUGUUCCUGAAACUAAAGAAGUGGUGAUCCACAAGUACAAGACUCCAAUGGCUCACCAGAUCUGCUACUCUGUGCUGUGUCUCUUCUCCUACAUGGCCGCCGUGAGGGGGAAGGAGGCGGAGACCAAGCCCAAGGCCUUGUCCCCCCGGCCCCUCACCAGCUAGUCCAUGCCCCCGAAAACUUCUUCCCUUGGUUACUCACCAGCUAGUCCAUGCUCCAAAACCUUCUUCCCUUGGUUCCUGACCUGCUAAACUAUGCCCCAAAACCUUUUUCCCUUGGUUCCUCACCUGCUAGACUAUGCCCCUAAACCUUCUUCCCUUGGUUCCUCACCUGCUAGACUGUGCCCCAAAGCCUUCUCUCCCCAGCCCCUCACCAGCUAGUCUAUGCCCCAAAACCUUCUCCGCUUGGUUCCUCACCUGCUAGCCUAUGCCCCAAAACCUUCUUCUCUUGGUUCCUCACCUGCUAGACUAUGCCCCAAAACUUUAUCACCCCCAGCCCCUUACUAGCUAGUCCAUACCACAACGCUAUCUCCCCCCCCCCACACCAGUUAGUCUGUACCCCUACUCUACCCCCCCCCCCCCCCACACCAUAGCCUCCACCUGCCAGUUCACACUUACCCUUAACCUCCACCCCUACAUCCCCAUGUUGUUAAUGCAAUGGGUGGUAGUUCAAUGUCGAGUCACUUGUCUUCUGUUGCACCCCAAUACUGUCCUACCCAACUGCUCAAACCUGUCUAUUCUUCCCCUUUCAGUCUCCCCACCCCCUCUUCCCUGCCUCACCUCCACGUUUACACAGAUUAUUUUAAGUGGAAUAAUGAAUGUACUGCUGUUGUUCCAUUAAUGCUUAUUUAUUUCUGCAUCUGACUGUUUUAUUUAAACGAUUAUUUUGACUGGAUAAGAAAAGAAAUGCAGGUUCCAGCUUACAAUUGGGUCCUGAGCCACGUCGCAGGGAAGCGUGCUUUGAAAAACCUCUAAAAUGCAGUGGCCCUCAGUGCGCACAUUUGCCACUCUUUAAGCCCAGCCUCAACUCCCUACCGCUCUUGAUUGCAUAAUGGAUAUUAUAUGUGCUUUUACGGUAUCGUAAACCUUAGUCUUACGAUGUAUAAAUUAAGGAAACAUUUAAAAAGCACAGCUGUGGAGUGCUCAAUAGAUCUCAGUUGUAUUAAUCAGUGGGGAGUUGUAAAUGUCUUUCCGCAUUUUGCCUGAAUGCUGCAGGGACUACCAGAAAGAAUAACAUAAUUAUUACAUUGAAAUAGUCAAAUGACCAAUUGUGUCGCUCCAGGUCUUCAUUGAACUCCUAUAUUGUGAUUGGUAAAAGAUAUGUGCUUCUCUUUAGCUUGCCUACCAAGGUUUAUCUACUGUGCUAGUUAUAACGUUUGUGUCUGUGGUCAGCAGUAUUGAAUUGCAUGCUACUAAGAAAAAUUAUUUUAAAAAAGAAAUGCUGUACAUUUCACUGCAAAUGCUACAAUUCAAUUCAGCUGUUGUUUGUCCACUAGAUGUGCAAUACGUUAGGCUAAUGGGUCAAAGACUGAUUGGAACUUAAACUACUGGCCUCUUGCAUUUCUCGAGGGUAAGACCGUAAAGUGGAUUUGUUUGUAUAAAGAAGAAGCUAAUAUGAAUAUAAGGAGAUAUUUCUUAAUCUAUUUAUGAAUAGGUAACAGCUGUGUUUGGAGAUUCUAUCUCCUUGAGAUGUAAAACUACUGUUAUUUUCAGUCCUGAUGUAAUGUGUAUGUCUGUAGUGGAGAUAGGUCUGUCUGUUGUAAUUGUUCCCAUAAUGUUUGGAAAAUUUUAGCCAUAGGAUUUGUGGUCGUCUUAGGGUUUUUUUUUUCAUCUGAGUUUUUAAAGCAAGAAACUACUGAAUACUUCUGUAUAGUCCUUGCACAUCAUUGCUAAUUACAGGAGUAAGAAUUCCUUUAGAAUUUGCAAUGCUGAAAAAUAGACAAGUUAAGUAUGGUGUAAAUAUAGCAUUUCAAAUAGACCGGCUCAGGUAGGGAAGAAUCUCCGAAUGCAGAUGUUUGGAGUGGGGGGAGGGGUGGGACAGUCGUACAAUAUUCUAUAUUACAGUAAAUAAUAUUGAAAAUGUCUGUGACUUGUUUAGAAAAUAUGAUAUAUAAUGUCUAUGUCUGCUGCUGUUGAGAGAGGGAAACGAACGCAAAACGAGUUGUAAAUAUUUCAGUGUUAAAGUAUUUAUAGAAGAUGUACAGCUUUGGCAAUAUGAAAAUAAAACACGUCCAACCUGAAGUGA